AUGUCGAGACUUAGUAAAGCAGAGCAUCCCGACGCGGAUCUGAACUUCCUGGACUCGCCGCCAUUUCCAGAGGAUGUAUCCACGGCGCCACUUCUCCGAAUAAGUCUAAGCAAACUCGUUCAAGGCGACCAAGGGGAGAUCGACAAGUUAUGGAAAGCUUGCCGUGAGCUUGGCUUCUUCUACCUCGACCUCCGUGAGGUUGGCAGAGCCGACUCGGCCACCGGGGGUGUUGAAUCGAAUAAACUUGAGAACAUUAGAGAUUUCGAUGCUGACAUCGAUGGCGAACGACUGCUUCAGGAUGCCAAAGAUCUGUUUGAAAUUGGCAAGGAAAUAUUUGACCUGCCUGUUGAAGAGAAGAUCAAGUACGAUCUAAAGGAUCAAGGAAGCUAUUUCGGUUAUAAGGGGUACGGCCAAGGCAUCAUCAAUGCCAAAGGGACAAAAGAUCGGAACGAAUUCUACAAUGUUUCGAAAGAUGACAUCCUAGGACUCUCUGAGCCACUCCCUGCUCCCGAACUACUUGAGCCCCAUCGAGAAUUGUUGAAGUCUUUCAUGCAACACUCUCACGCCCUGGUGAAUUUACUGCUGAGUUUGCUCAACCGUCAACUGGGCCUUCCGUGCGACAAGUUACCAUCUUUGCAUAGACUGGCCUCGAUUUCUGGUGAUCAGGUUCGCUGGGUCAAUGCACCACCUCAACCAACAGACGACCAAAGAACAGCACUGGGUCAGCACACAGAUUUCGGAAGUGUCACCAUCCUGUUUAAUAGACUGGGAGGGCUGCAAGUGUUGCCUCCAAACUCGGACGAAUGGUCUUACGUGAAGCCACUACGGGGACAUGCAGUUAUCAACCUAGGCGAUGCCAUGGUCAAACUUACUGCCGGGAUCCUACGCUCAAACAUCCAUCGUGUCGUCAACCCUCCAGGUCAGCAAGCCAGUCAUACACGGAUGAGCUUGGUGUACUUCGCUAGGCCAGCGGACGAUGUCAUCUUGAAGGCACUGCACGGAAGCAAUCUAAUCGACGAGAAUAGACGACAGAAUCCAGAAACGCUUGGGGAAGAAGAGAUUACAAGCAAAGAAUGGAUACUACGUAGAGCGUUGGGUCGACGACAAGGAGGUGACUGGUCAAAAGCUGGCGGAACAGAGAGUGUACGACUUGAGACAUGA